UUCUUGUCACACCUGCCAACUCUUCCACCACUCUACCAUCGUCAAGUUCUCUGUUUCUGUCUAGCCGUCCAUUAUGUCGCUCUGGGUCGACCAAUACCGCCCUAGGGCCCUCGAUGACCUCCACUAUCACCAAGGACUCUCGACCCGCCUAAAGGCCCUCGCUUCCUCUGGAGACUUUCCUCACAUGUUAUUCUACGGUCCAUCUGGUGCUGGGAAGAAGACGCGUAUAACCUGUACGUUGAGGCAGUUGUUUGGACCUGGAGUAGAGAAGCUCAAAAUUGACCAACGUGUGUUCCUAACGCCUUCGAGACGAAAAGUCGAAGUGAACCUCGUUCAAAGCAACUUCCACAUCGAAAUAACGCCGAGUGAAGCGGGGACCUACGACAGAGUGGUCAUUCAAGAUUUGCUAAAGGAAAUUGCACAGACACAGCAGGUCGAUCUAAACGCCAAACAGAGAUUCAAAGUGGUCAUUAUCAACGAGGCUGAUUCUUUGUCACGCGAUGCUCAGGCGGCUCUGCGUCGGACGAUGGAAAAAUACAUGUCGAAUAUGCGCAUAAUUCUUUGCGCCAAUAGCACGAGUCGUCUCAUUGCGCCUAUUAAAAGCAGAUGCCUUCUUAUGCGUGUCGCAGCCCCAAGUCAAGAAGAGAUGCAAACCGUUAUGCAAUAUGUAUCAAAACGCGCUGGCUUCGACUUGCCACCAGAAGCAGGCGACAAAAUAAUCGAUGAUUCUGGGGGGAAUUUGAGGAAGGCUAUCCUUGUUUUGGAAGCACUGAAAAUGCAGUCGCCUGACCUUUCAGGACCGUUGGCUAUUGCGAAACCGGAUUGGGAAACUUAUUGUCAUAAAGUCGCAGACAUGAUUAUCAGCGAGCAGUCGCCUGCACGUGUGAUGGAGGUCAGACAGAAGCUGUAUGAGCUAUUGAGUCAUUGUAUUCCUCCCACCGUCAUUCUCAAGACUAUUGCAGAACGCGUUGUAGACCGAGUCGAUGAAGCUAUCAAAGCUGACAUUAUGCAUUGGGCCGCUAUAUACGAAGUUCGGAUGCGCAUAGGCAGCAAAAAGAUAUAUCACUUGGAGGCGUGGGUAGUUAAGGUGAUGAGCAUAUAUAAGCACUUCUUCUAUGACAUGGAUAUGUCAGCUUUUGAUUGAUUUUUAGGUGUAGGAUCGCUGUCGUAUAUGUAUCACCUUGGCGCUGUAUUAUAAUUUAUCACAGAUGUGCGAAGAGUUCAAACAGUUACCAGUAAUAUAUAUGCUGGCGCGUGUUUUGAUGUGCAGAAACUAUCAUAAUAGAUUACAUGCGUACUCGUCUUCUACUGAGGCAAGGAAGUCCAAGAGCUAAUACAUGUUUUAAGAAGGAAGGGUGACAACCCAGGAGAAUGGAUACCCACCAAUUUAUGCCUCUUUUGACCCAUCAACCUUCCCGGUUCUGUUUUCAGUCGCUCUUGUAUGUGUAUUAGCUUGUCAUAGAAGUGUUGAAUUGCGGAAUCGGCAAGCGCUGGAUCGUGUGGAGGCGUAUGUAUAGGUCUAUAAAGCCGUAAUGUCAUGUCAGUGAAUGAAUGAAAGCGUAUCAGAGUAUGA